AUGUUGCUAAUGCUCUUUAAGAGGUGCAUAAAACAAUGGAAGGUGAAAGAAUAUUACAAAAUAUACGGAAAGGAGAAUCUCGCCAGUUGCAAAGUUUGAAGAAAUUAUCGUCCCCUAUCGAGAAAAUACUGACGGGUAAAGUUUUGAAGUCAAAUGGAAGGAAAUCUGUUGAUUAUGAGAAAUUGUGCUCGUUUGGUUGUUUUUGUAUUAACUUAUUACGAUAUUGCACAGAAGCACUUUCCAAAAACCAAAAAGAGUUAAUUGGAAAUGAAAUAAGAGAAGACCUCUUUAGAUGUGCAACAUUUGGAUGUAAUAUGCUUUCAAGAAUUAUUAUGAGUGAUGCUCCCUUACCUCCAGAAAUUUCAACUUCUGUUGUGGUUAAGCUAUUCUACCACCUCGUCAUUCAUGCUUUAAAAGAGAACAAUGUCAAGCACUUGCUAUCAAUAAGUCAUUCUUUAGUUGAUAUUAUCCGGGAAGCUAGAAAAUCAAACGAGACAGAAUCAACUGGUUUGUCUAAACAAAUUUCAGACCAUCUAUGGAAUGCUGCUAUUAAACUUUCUAAGAAAACAGAAAAACAAGAAACAGCAUCACUUGCUUUGUCUAUACGAGAGCACUCUAUUGAUUUACUAAUGCUGACCAAAUCAGACGAUCUUCGAACGAUAGUUGAACGUGGUUUAUCAACAGCUUGCCAAUUUGAAAAAGAUGCCUCUCAACAAAAAGAGGAAGGGAAACAGUUCCUCCUGAGGCUCUUGAAUAAAGUUAUUACAUUAGUUGAGGAGCAACAAGAUGAGAAUUUGCUAUUAAAUUGUAGAAUUGAUGAGUUUUGCAUUUUGUGUUUUAAAACUAUCACCAGUCAAAGUCAUCUUCAAGAAUUGAUAAGACUUUUCAAUCAACUUCACAACAGGAGUUUAAAGAAGAAGAGGAACACAAAGUCAAAGGACCACAGUACCUUUCAUGGCAUUAUUUGUAUCUUGCUAUGUGCUCUAUCCCUUCGGGUAUGGAAUGAGGGGGGAAGCCAUGAUUGGAAUUUGGUAUCAAAACAACUGAAUACCACAACGGAAUCAUUAAGAAACAUGGAUCCCAAUGUGUAUGCUAAUAGUGUAUUGUUAAAGACUAUCAUGUUGUUUAGAAUAAUCGUUGGAAAAACUUUAAAAGGAUCAAAUGGUUCCUCAGACGAUACCUUCGAUAUCCCUCCAGAUGUUGUGAUUUUGCUAUAUAAUCUUCUACUUGUAACUUACUCUGUUUAUUGUGCGGUGAUUAAGACAAAGUUACCAAGUGAUCAAUUAGGCUUGAAAAGGGAAACAUAUGCAUGUGAAAGGCAGGCCUUGCUUUUCCUUAUCAGUUCCUUCCUGAGGAAAAUGUUAGAUGCUCGUGGUAAGGAAGCUCUUGAAAAUGGAAGAAAAUCAUCAAGGAUCAGAGAGUAUGUGCGUGCUAUAAAGAAUGAAUUAGUGAUAUUAGAGGAUCGAAACAGACCUGAAGCUUUAGAGCAAUGUCUGCGUUUGUCUUGUUGUGCAUAUAAUGUUGCUGUAACCCUCCAUAAUGCUGAUGAAAUAGAUAGCGCCACUUCUCUUGCUCGUGUUGCUUGUGUAUCAGGCAAGAAAUGGUAUUCAGCAUCGUCUCAUGAAGAUAACGCCUUUGUUAAGGUAGCAUUAUACAAGAAGUACGCCUUUCUUUCAAACUGUUUGGAGAAGCAAUAUGAAUGGUUGGAAUCUGUUCAAACUAUGACUGUUUGUUGUCAAUACGCUGCAUGUGGAAAAGAACAUUCAGAAGUUCAAGAUGAGAUGUUGAGUUAUGCUAUGAACUGGGCAAGUAUAAAGCACAAAGCCUUGACACAAGCUAUUGCUGAAGGGGAUGUAUCCAAAAUUGAAAAUUGGCAAGUUUAUUACAGUGUAUUGCUAGAUAUUCAUUUAGAACUAUUUUUUAAUAUAACGUAUAAGUUAAUGGUGUAGUUAAAACGAAUGAUGCAAUUUCGACGCACGUCAUGAUGUCUUGCUGAUGCGAUCGCCUUAAUUCUUUUAGAAGUAA